GACGCCGGUACAGAGGAGGAUAAUGGAUUUGGACGAUCUUCUAUGAAGAAAUGCCACGUGGUCCAAAAGCAAACAUGUCCAGGCUCCUGCCACCUUAGGAGACUAGGACUUGGUGACAUUGCUUCCUGGGGAAUCAGGUGUGGUCUGACCCAGGAACAAGAAGCAUAUCCUCACAAAUGACAUCAUGACAGCAAGAGAGCACAGCCCUCGCCAUGGCGCAAGGGCCCGUGCAAUGCAACGGGCUUCCACCAUCGAUGUGGCAGCUGAUAUGCUGGGCCUGUCUCUGGCAGGAAACAUACAAGAUCCAGAUGAACCCAUUUUAGAAUUCAGCCUAGCUUGCAGUGAGUUGCAUACGCCAUCGCUAGAUCGAAAACCAAAUAGUUUUGUAGCAGUGAGCGUCACCACCCCUCCUCAGGCGUUCUGGACGAAGCAUGCACAGACAGAGAUCAUUGAGGGAACCAAUAAUCCUAUAUUUCUGAGCAGCAUUGCCUUCUUUCAAGACUCUCUUAUCAAUCAGAUGACACAAAUCAAAUUAUCUGUAUAUGAUGUCAAAGAUAGAUCUCAGGGAACAAUGUAUUUACUGGGCUCUGGAACAUUCGUUGUCAAAGAUCUGCUCCAGGACAGGCAUCACAGGUUACACUUAACACUAAGGUCUGCAGAGAGUGAUCGUGUGGGCAACAUCACCGUGAUCGGCUGGCAGAUGGAGGAGAAGUCAGAUCAGCAGCCCCCUGUGACCCGGUCUGUAGACACUGUCAAUGGCAGGAUGGUUCUGCCUGUUGAUGAGAGCUUGACUGAGGCCCUGGGAAUCCGAUCCAAAUAUGCCUCACUGCGGAAAGACACUUUACUGAAGUCAGUGUUCGGGGGCGCCAUCUGCCGCAUGUAUCGGUUCCCUACCACCGAUGGCAACCAUCUGCGGAUCCUGGAGCAGAUGGCGGAGAGUGUGCUUUCCCUACACGUGCCCCGGCAGUUUGUGAAGCUCCUGCUGGAAGAAGACGCGGCCAGAGUCUGUGAGCUGGAGGAGUUGGGGGAGCUCUCCCCUUGCUGGGAGAGCCUCAGGCGCCAGAUCGUCACCCAGUACCAGACAGUGAUCCUCACAUACCAGGAGAACCUGAGCGACCUCCAUCAGUACAAAGGUCCCUCAUUUAAAGCAAGCAGUUUGAAAGCAGAUAAAAAGUUAGAAUUUGUUCCCACAAACCUGCAUAUACAAAGGAUGAGAGUUCAAGAUGAUGGCGGAUCAGAUCAGAACUACGACAUUGUCACCAUUGGAGCACCAGCAGCACACUGCCAAGGUUUUAAAUCAGGAGGUCUCCGCAAAAAGCUGCACAAAUUUGAAGAGACCAAGAAACACAGUUUUGAGGAGUGUUGUACAUCAUCUAGCUGCCAGUCCAUAAUCUACAUACCACAGGAUGUCGUCAGAGCCAAGGAGAUCAUUGCCCAGAUCAACACCCUGAAAACCCAAGUUAGUUACUAUGCAGAGCGGCUCUCAAGGGCGGCCAAGGACAGGUCUGCCACUGGCCUUGAGAGGACACUUGCCAUCUUGGCAGACAAGACCCGACAGCUGGUCACAGUCUGCGACUGCAAGCUGCUGGCCAAUGCGAUCCACGGCCUGAACGCUGCACGGCCUGACUACAUCGCCUCCAAGGCUUCCCCCACCUCAACGGAGGAGGAGCAGGUGAUGCUUCGGAAUGACCAGGACACUCUCAUGGCCAGGUGGACAGGGAGGAACAGCAGAUCUUCCCUGCAGGUGGACUGGCACGAGGAGGAAUGGGAGAAAGUGUGGCUGAACGUGGACAAGAGCCUGGAGUGCAUCAUCCAGCGGGUGGACAAGCUGCUGCAGAAGGAGCGUCUGCAUGGCACAGGCUGUGAGGACGUCCUCCCCUGCGCAGGCAGCUGCACCAGCAAGAAAGGUAACAGGGACAGCCAUGCCUACUGGAUCAGACCGGAGGACCCCCACUGUGACGCCCCCUGCUCGCCAUGCCCCUGCUCCAUGCCCACCGCUGCAUGCCAUCCUCACCCGAGCACACAUUGCAGUCCCCCUCCUGAAGAGUCCAGCCCAGGUGAAUGGAGCGAGGCUCUUUACCCACUGCUGACCACCCUCACAGACUGCGUGGCCAUGAUGAGCGACAAGGCUAAGAAGGCCAUGGUCUUCCUGCUCAUGCAGGACAGCGCCCCCACCAUCGCUUCCUACCUGAGCCUGCAGUACCGCCGAGACGUGGUCUUCUGCCAAACCCUCACCGCACUCAUCUGCGGCUUCAUCAUCAAGCUGAGGAACUGCCUGCACGACGACGGCUUCCUGCGGCAGCUCUACACCAUCGGGCUGCUGGCGCAGUUCGAGAGCCUGCUGAGCACCUACGGUGAGGAGCUGGCAAUGCUGGAGGACAUGAGCCUUGGGAUCAUGGACUUGAGGAAUGUGACCUUUAAAGUCACACAGGCCACUUCUAAUGCAUCAACUGACAUGCUGCCCGUCAUCACAGGAAAUCGCGAUGGGUUUAAUGUGCGGAUCCCUCUGCCAGGUCCGCUGUUUGAUGCCCUGCCCCGGGAGAUCCAGAGUGGCAUGCUGUUGCGGGUGCAGCCUGUCCUCUUCAAUGUGGGCAUCAACGAGCAGCAGACGCUGGCUGAGAGGUUUGGUGAUACCUCUUUACAAGAAGUUAUUAAUGUGGAGAGUUUGGUGCGGUUAAAUUCCUACUUUGAACAGUUCAAGGAAGUUUUGCCUGAGGAUUGUCUACCUCGAUCCCGAAGUCAGACCUGUCUGCCAGAACUGCUGCGGUUUCUGGGUCAGAACGUCCAUGCCCGGAAGAAUAAGAAUGUGGACAUCCUCUGGCAAGCUGCUGAGAUCUGCCGCCGCCUUAACGGGGUCCGGUUCACCAGCUGCAAGAGUGCCAAGGACCGCACAGCCAUGUCAGUGACGCUGGAGCAGUGCCUGAUCCUGCAGCACGAGCACGGCAUGGCCCCGCAGGUCUUCACGCAGGCCCUAGAGUGCAUGCGCAGUGAGGGUUGUCGGAGAGAAAAUACAAUGAAGAAUGUUGGAAGUCGCAAAUAUGCAUUUAAUUCCCUGCAGCUGAAGGCUUUCCCCAGGCAUUACAGGCCUCCCGAAGGGACUUACGGCAAAGUUGAGACGUGAGCACGGUGUCCUCUCAAUAGCUGUUACAGGAUAAAUGUGGGUACCCUCUAGUGUUACACAUGAAUUCUUCAAGAAGACCUGAAGGAUUGGUUUUUAUUUUUGUGUUUUUAAAAUAUUUCACUAAAGAGUCUAUGGAGCAUGUUUUUUUCCGUUGGAAUCCAUAGGAGGUAAUGUGUGGCUCAGUAGUGGGGAUAGUGACCAGCACCCAGUUAAUUAGCCUCCAGCUGUCACCACCUGGUAGCCGUCCACAGCUACCUGUAAGCCUCCAGCUAGGUUUGUCUGGAAUGCCAGAAGACUUUUUCAGAUGCCCACGUAGGCACUGCUCACCUAACUUAUUUUUCUACUGAGUAACUUAGAAGUGAGCAUUGAAUUAUAAUCUACUUUUAAAAAUCUGAAUGUAAAACAGUAAAACAAUCAGACCCCAGGCAGAAAAAUAAAUGUUAACUCAUAUUUUGGGGAAAAGACGCUAGUUGUUCUCAUGCAGUGAGGACGGCGGCUCCAGUGAGUCACCUGCGCCACCACCACCUGGGAAACCCAGAGGCGAAAGACCAGUCAGCCCACCUGAGGUCAAACUCCAUGAGGGCACCCCUGCCAGGGAGCCCACACCUCGGGCCACUCUUCUCUCCGUCCCACACAAGCUCCAGAACAGGUGACGCUUGAGACAUGAAGCUAGCAGUGAGGUCCCUGUCACCGUCCCUGUUGUAGGCUCUGCUCCUAGGGCCCACAGCACACAUCUCCCUUUAUUACCCAACUGAGGACCUGAAACGUGGUGUGUCUGAUGUCUGAGGAACAACACUCCAGUGGGGAAUUGGGGACUGUAGAGUAGUGGAUACCUGCAUAUUCUCAGAUUUUGCGGGAUAUCCUGUAGGUCUUCUGCGAGACAAUACAAUCAUGUCUGAAUAUCUGACAAAGUGUUUUACUUUUAGGUUUGCAAUAAUUGUUACUUUCCUCUUCUCAUUCUGUUAUGUAAGAUGACUAUUGAGAAACAGUUGAAAGUAUCUCCUCAAAUGAGAUUUUGAAAGGGAUUUAUGGGCCAGGAAACUUAGGAAUUUCAUAGAAAUUAUGUCUUGUCAUCUUAUAAAAGGUGACAAUGAGUCUUUCUGCACUCAGCAGAGUUGUUUUUCUUUGGGAGUUUAUGUGUUUUAUCGAUUCUGUUGUUUCUCACAAUUAUGUUUACAUGUUAUUUAAGAGGCUGUAAAAGAAAUAUAUAUGGCACAUAUUAAUGAUUCUGAUUCUAAUGAUUUGUAAACACCUUGGAAAUAAGUCUAGAUAUAUUCUUGUCUCCUUAAGAAAUGUCCAAUAGAGUCACUGGGCCUGGGUCACUGAGGCACAGGCAGGACCAGUCCUUGGCAGGGACACAGAGGAGUGGGCAUAAGGUAGGGUGGAACUGGGUGACCCUCUUGGCCUUUCCUACUCAGAAGUCAGGUGCUAACAGAGCUCGCUGUCUCCUGGUGCCAGCGGGGAGGGAGAAGUGAGCUGGUGUGUGGAGGACACUAAUGAGGGGUGCUUGUGGCUGACUGCCCCUCCCUCGAUGCUAGUUCACAGUAGAGGGAGAGUGGCAGAGAAACUCUUGUCCACCAACCCCCUACACAGGUGGCUGUUCAGCUAGCAUCAGAUUCUCCUCUUUAAGUAUCACUCCCUAUUCAAAGGCACCCUCUCCACCAUUUCAUUUAAUUUGUAAGUUUUUAGUUCCAUUCUUUCUCAUUUCAACCUUUUGAAAAACUUUGUUUUUCUUUUAAUUAAAUGUUACCCAUAUUGUUUUCUGCCCUUCUUUUUGUCCAAAGAGCAUUAACUAUCUGCAUUUAUAAAGGGACUAUGGCAAAUGUUGACUCAUCUGUCAGCAGUUUUGCGUGUGGCACCUUUAUGUGAAUUUUUUUCCCAAGUUCUGCUUUGUGUUAUGGGUCGUCAUAACUCUAAGGAGAUUCAGGCAUCAGGAUCCUCUCUGGAGGCACUGUACCCGGCUCCCAGGGGCAUCUCUGCACAGCCAGGGUGCCAGCAGCUGGAGGAGGAGGAGCCCAGUGUUGCUGUGCGGGGCAGGCGCCAUUACAGGUCACAACGCAGCAGCAUUCCACCCACUGCACCUCCCCGAUCCACUUGGAAGAGAAAUGUCCAGAUGUGGGACAGUUGGAAAUGUCACGGGGUUUCUGUCAGAGCUCCUGCAGCACAGUUGCCUUUAGUUUCCUUUGAAGAUGUAAAAACAUUGUAUAAUACAGUUUUGUCCCCACACAGUUGUACUUGCCAAGCUUAGUGCAUUAAAAUACUUUUAUUUAUUUGUUUUGGGCAGUAUUAAUAUAUAAACAUACAGUUACUGUUUUAUAUAUUCUUAGCUCAUUCAAAGCCAUGUAUGCUGUAAAUGUGCUAGUCCUUAGAAUGACAAUAAACCACUGACAAGAACACAGAA